AUGCAUAAUCCUAUUCCCAUUUAUGGACUCUUGGUCCUGAUUUUCUUCUCGGCCAACAGUCCUGUCCAUGCAUCGUCACCUGAAAUGGUUAUACCGCUCCUCGGCUCUAACCCUUGCACUUGGGGGCCAUCGUUCUGGUGCGCGAGCGAAGAGAACAUGAAAAGAUGUGGUGUUACCGCAGAAGAGUGUGAGAAAUAUGCCAGCGAUGUAUACUAG